AUGUUGGAUGCAGGAGAAGAAGAAGCGAAUAUGAAUGCAGAAGUGGAAUUGAUGAAUACGAUGAGUUCUCAAUAUCACAAGAUGAAAUGUAGUUUCGACAAGUUAAUAUGUCAAGGCAGUGUCUCCGAAAAAUCAGAAUGCAGAAGCAAAUUGAAGAUUCCCAAACUUCAAUUCAGACAGUUGGGUGGUGAAACGAAAGAUUGGCUUGGAUUUUGGAAUCAAUUCAGCAGAAUUGAUGAAGAUUCUGAUAUAGAAGAGGAGGAUAAACUACAAUAUUUAGUUCAAGCUACCACACCAGGCUCUCGAGCUAAACAAAUUGUGGAAAGUUACCCUGCUUCUGAAGGUAACUAUGUUAAAGCAGUGGAUAGUUUGAAACAAAGAUUUGGAAGAGAAGAUUUGUUAAUAGAAGCUUAUGUCCGAGAACUUCUCAAGCUAGUUUUGAUGAAUCUGAAUACCAAAAAUAAACUAUCAACAUUUUUUGACAAAAUUGAAUCACAAUUGAGAGCAUUAGAAUGUCUGGGUGUAAAAUCAGAUACCUGCGCAGCGAUGCUAUACCCUUUGGUUGAAUCAUGCCUAGGGGAAGAUUUAAUACGAGCAUGGCAUAGAAGUCAGUUCUAUUCAUCAGAGUGCAGUUUGAAGAAGCGUCUUGAUGCUCUCAUGAAUUUUCUCAGAGAAGAAGUGAUGAACGAAGACAGAAUUCAUCUCGCGGUGUCCAGUUUCAAAGACAGAAAGCCUGAAGAUAGGAGCAUACGUACUAGUUCUAAUGUACCCACUGCUUCUGAAUUGUACAACAAAGAAGUUCCACGAUGUGUGUUUUGCAAAAAUUCACAUUCAACUGAUCAAUGUAAGGAAGUGUUGAAACUCAGUUUUGCAGAAAGGACACAGAAAUUGUCAGAAAAUGCUUGUUGCCACCUAUGCACCAAAUUUGGUCAUAUAGCUCGAAGAUGCCGCUCUCGAGAAAAAUGCCACAGAUGUCAAGGUAGACAUUGUGUUAUUAUGUGUCCCAAAAACGAUGUCGAGUCAUCAUCGAGUUCUAAUGAUAGGAAUUUGAAACAGCCAAACUUAAAAAUUGAUGAACACAGUCUGUCCAACCACACUUUUCCCGAAAUUUUUUUGCAAACCAUAGUAGUAGAACUGAGGUGGGACAAAGAAUGUCGCCGAGAAAGACUCUUGAUCGAUACUGGAUCCCACAAGUCAUAUAUUACAAGAAAAAUUGCCGAAGAGAUGGGGUACCCUCCAAUUCGAGAAGAACAGUUAGUACAUUCACUUUUUGGAGGAACCCAAACUGAAUCUGUGAGUCAUAGAUGCUUCAGAAUUUCUCUUCAAAGUCUUACUGAAGACUACUGUUGCAACUUCGAAGUUUUGGAUCAACCAUUGAUUUGCAACCACGUAAGCUCAGUGAAAAAGGGACCUUGGCUGGAUGAACUGAAACUAAUGGGAGUAGAAAUUACUGACACUACAGAUGGGCCAAUUGAUGUUUUGGUUUGUGCCGACAUAGCCGGAAAACUUUUUUCCGGACGUAAACAAGAUUUGGAUUGUGGACUUGUAGCGGUUCAUACAUUACUAGGUUGGACACUCAUGGGAAAACUGAAAUCAAAAUACUCCUCUAAGACAUCCCUUCUGGUAACUUCAAUGUUUUCGAAAAAUGUGGCCAUAUGUGACUUAUGGAAUCUAGAUGUCCUUGGUAUUCAAGCUCCUGAAAGAUCUGAAUCACAACGGGAACAAGAAAAACUUGUUAUGGAACGUUUUCUAACUACAGUUAAACGAAGAGAUGACAAGCGAUAUGAAGUGUGUAUGCCUUGA